CUGAUUUGAGUUCGCCGCGUUCAGAAUGUGACCAUUGACCUCUAGUCUCGCGAUAAACCAACUUGUGUGCGAGAAAAACGUGAGCUGGAGUUGCCUGUUGUGAGUUUGUGGUGUGCUUUUCUUGACAGGAGAUAAUUUUGAUCCAAUCCAAGUAAGCUGUGUAUCAGGAACUGGUUACUACAUACUGUACUACAGAAUGGAAGAGUACCACAGACAGAUCCUGAUAGAAAACCGAGUCAGGUUAGCUAAGGACAUGAAGCCCAAGUUCCUGUACCCCAUCUUGGUGGAAAAGAAGGUCUUCAAUGAUGACAUGAUUGAAGAAAUAGAGGCUGCUGGGACCAGGUUUGACCAGUGCAAUGCACUAUUAAGAGACCUCCCGGGAAGAGGGAAGCAAGCCUUCCAGAGUUUUGUAGAAGCUCUAGAUGAAGCAGAACAAACAGAUCUUGCAGAUCUUUUGCGAAAUGGUAUAAAGUCCGAGAGCAGAGAGCCAUUCACAGUUCCACAGCAACCUUCAGACAAAGUAACAGCAGAUGCACGCCCCUCACAUGGACCACAGACAAGUGAUCCAACAAGGGUUUACACAAUGAGGGCCAAACCUCGAGGCAGAGCUCUGAUCAUCAACAACAAGACCUUCAGUGGCCGGCUGAACACUAGAAGUGGCACUGAUGUAGACUGUAGCAACCUGAAGGGACUAUUUCAAUUCCUCAACUUCCAUGUAAAAGUAGAAAAUGACAAAUCAGCAGCGGACAUCUGUGAUUUGCUACUCCAAUACUCUCAACUGGACCAUGGCAGCUAUGACAGUUUCAUCUUGGCUGUUCUCAGCCAUGGAGUAGAAGGGCAGAUAUAUGGCACAGAUGAGCGCCUUCUUCCUGUCAAGAAAAUAACCGAGUACUUUGACAACCUUCACUGCAAGACGUUAGUCGGCAAACCAAAGCUGUUCUUCAUACAAGCUUGCAGAGGAGACAAACUGGACCGUGGUAUAGAGCAGACAGAUGCAGCCGGUGCUGACUCCCCGGAACCCCCAGCCACACCCACAGAGGAAGAGCUGGUGAGACGCUUGCUGGAAGAGUCCAUGGUUGUGGAGGAGACGGAUGCCAUGAGGGACACCCUCCCUACACAGUCUGACAUGCUGCUGGCAUAUGCCACUGUCCCUGGUUUUGUGUCUUGGAGAAACAGCAUGGCUGGCAGCUGGUUUAUACAAGCUUUGACUGAAGUCCUGACCCAGUAUGCACCAGAGGAGGACCUGUUGUCUAUGUUAACCAUAGUGAACGACAAGGUGGCCACCAGGUUCCAGUCAGCUGGGAAAAACAAACAGAUGCCCGCACCUGUCACCAUGCUGAGGAAGAAACUUUUCUUCAACCCCGGACAAUAGAACACAUGUAGUAACAACAUCGUCGUAUGAGCUACACAAUUUGGGUCAAGUGAAAAGGCAACAUUUCAACUUUCAAGUGUUGGCCCCAAUUUUACAUUGAAAAUUUCAUGUUAGAUGGAAUAGAACAUCAAAAUAACAUGAUUGUCUACAAAAAA